UGAGCUCUGUUGCAGGUGAGUCAUUAACGGGCGUAGUCGAUACAACCUUUGCCCCGUUACCGCUGUUCAGUGAUAGGCUACACACACCUUGCUUAAACACACAUAGUCUUUGUCUGGCUGCGAAGAGGAACUGGGCUAAUUUGCGCUGUAGAGAAUAACCAGCCAUGGACAGUCUGGGCAGUGCCAACACGACGUUCGCUUUGGAUCUCUUUCGAACCCUGAGUGACGCCGGUGCGUGCGGAAACGUAUUCUUCUCACCGCUGAGCAUCUCUUCGGCUCUGGCCAUGGUCUAUCUGGGGGCGAAAGGAAACACGGCCGAUCAAAUGGCAAAGGUUCUUUGUUUCAAUAAAGCCCAGAAUGUUCACUCAGACUUCCAGGCUCUCAGCGCUGACAUCAACAAACCGGCCGCCUCUUAUCUCCUGAAACUCGCCAACCGUCUCUAUGGAGAAAAGACCUUCAACUUCCUCCCGGCAUUCUUAGAAUCCACACAGAAGUUCUACAGUGCAGACCUGGUGCCCUUGGAUUUCAUUGGUGCUUCAGAAGAGUCACGGAAGCAGAUCAACCAAUGGGUGGAGGAGCAGACAGAAAGUAAAAUCAAAGACCUUCUGAAACCAGGAACGGUUACUACUAUGACAAGGUUGGCUCUUGUGAACGCCAUCUACUUCAAAGGGAGCUGGAUGCACAAGUUUGACGAAAAGCAGACCCAAGAAAUGCCCUUUAAAAUCAAUCAAAACGAGAGUAAGCCGGUGCAGAUGAUGUUCCAGAUGAAGAAGUUCCCCUUCAACUACGUCCCCGAGCACAAGCUGCAGGUCCUGGAGCUGCCGUACCAGGGGCAGGAGCUGAGCAUGUUCAUCCUGCUCCCGGAGGAGUCCCCGGACGGCAGCGCGCUCAAAAAGCUGGAGAAGGAGCUCACUCUGGAGAAGAUCGACAGCUGGACGAGCAGGAGCAACAUGAGCACCAAUGCAGAGGUCAGGGUUCACCUGCCCAGAUUCAAGCUGGAGGAGGACUACGAGCUGAACACGCCCCUGGGGCGCCUGGGCAUGAGCGACGUUUUCGACGUCGGGCGGGCGGACCUGACGGGGAUGAACGGGCAGGGGGGGCUCUACCUCUCCGCCGUGGUCCACAAGGCGUUCGUGGAGGUGAACGAGGAGGGCACGGAGGCGGCGGCGGCCACGGCGGGCAUGAUCAGCUUCUGCAUGCUGAUGGAGGAGAACUUCACCGCCGAUCACCCCUUCCUCUUCUUCAUCCGCCACAACCAGUCCCGCAGCAUCCUCUUCCUCGGGAGAUUUUCCUCUCCGUAAAAAAAAAUUAAAUCGGAUUGGCGUGUGUUUGUAGCCCAAAAUUAAGGAAAUUUUUUUUGCUAAUUCUGGACUUUUUUUUUUUUUUUUUUGCUCUGCAUGUUUUUUCAUUUUCUUGGGGUUAUUCUCUUGGACUGCUCUACCUGAAUACCCCUUCUGCCGGGCUUGCUGUGAAUGUCAUCAUCAUGUGACAGGACCGUUACAUACGAGCGGCUGUCUGUUAGGGCUGGGCCAUAUGGACAAAAUCAAAUAUCACGAUAUUUUUGACCAAAUGCCUCGAUUUCGUGAUGAUAUUGUGGGGAUGACUAUUGGUACUUUCACAAAAUUACACUGAGAUUUUUGAUAAAUAAUCAUCAGUAAUGCCUAUGUAAUAACCUAGUGGGUAAAGGCAAAUAAUAGAACAGCUAGAACAGUCAGGUAGGUUCAGAAAAUGACAUCACUUUACUGUAAUGCUGCCUUCAAAACCAGGAAUAGACAACACUUAUGCCAUAUUACGAUAUACAAAAUCCCAGACGAUAUGUAGUCUCAUCACAAUAUCGAUAAUCGUAAUAUCGUAAUCGUAAUAUCGAUAUAUUGCCCAGCUUUUGAAACAUUCUUCUGUGGCACCCUUCUGUGGUUUUCAGUAUGGAAAUCCCACCAAUAAAACCAUAUACAAUAAGAAGA